UUUUUAAUGUUAUCUCAAAAUUGGAUUUUCCUACUAUAUAAUGCCCGCUGCAAACAGGCGUGCUAACGAGAUAAGGGUGUUUUAUCAAGCGAAUUUAUUUGUGCUUUUGGGAUUGUCCCACAUGCAGAAACACACAGCAUCAGACUCACUAGAUUACGAUCUUAGCCCCUGUAUUCCUAGUAAACUUUUGUUUAACAAUAUUAUUGAUGAGCAAUAAGGUUGUCGCUGAAAACAAGUUCUUCGCCUUUUAUCUCAACAACAUGUUGAUGCAACUUUGUUUAUAAGCAAAAGUUUACCAUGAAUCUUUGGCUUUUGAGUACCUGCCCUAGCAGCACUAUCAGUGCUUAGUGAGGCCCUUAAUUUUUCAGCUAGGGCUUCACUUCUUGUUCCACGAGAUGUCCAAUAGUCGAGCACCGGUAACUGUUGUUUUGCACCGAAUGCCCGAGAUGCAGAGGUCACUGAGUGAGAUAUUUUCCUUUGGUUUCGUGAGGACCCCGCUUCACUGCUUCAGGCUGGAGAGUAAUUGCUGGGCGGCACUCGCAACCUGCUUUUUACAUACUGGAAAGUACAUUUAACGAAAUAACAUGAUUUUUUUGUCAAAAUUGUUUUGGCAAUAAUAAACGACAAUAAGUAUUGUUCGAUAACCUUUAAUCCAGAUAUUAAACGUAGUCAUCUCAAUAACUGCAGAAAUGUAUACAUAGCAGGAGGUAUAUAUAGUGAUGUUGGUGUGUUUUUCUUUAAUACUGUAUCCAAGCUUCAUGAUACACAUACCUAUCAUAUAUUUUCAUCAUGAAGACUUUUAUUAAGAGUUUUGUGUUUCUAUUAUUUUUUAUCUACACAGGUAAGUCGAGUUUUUUUUUUAAUUUAGUCUUUGCUGUCCCACUGCUGGGCAAAGGCCCAUAGCUUUCCAUCUUCCUCUUAUUGGUACCUAUUAUGUGGCCAGUUUGUGAGGAAGAUGACUAAGUCUUCUCUCCACCAUUUCCUUGGUCUUCCUCUCGGUCUCCUUCCAUCAUCAGGGAUCUAUUUUGUAAUUCUAUUUAAUUUUUGUCCUACUUAAAUAACACUAUGACCCCAAUUGGUGGAAACUCUCGAAAGAUCGAGACAUGUGGAGACGAAAUGGGGAGAGCUUUGCCCAGUAGUAGGAAAAUUCAGGCAAAAAACUACACCUUACCUCCAAUAUUUGGCGUAAGUCGCCAGAAUAAGAAAUAUUUUAUCAUCGUUUUGCGUCUGAUGUGUAGAUGUGAGGUUCGAGUCUAUUCGGAUUCAGUAGAGGGUCUAUAAAAAUCCGUCAUUGUCCUUUAUUCUUGUUUCAUUGGCGUUUGGCAAAUUUUGAAGGCUGGAACUAUUAAAAUAAACAGCAGGGUAUAUUUUAGAAGGGCCUUAUACCCAAGGAGGCUGACUGUAUUGGCGUUGACACUGGGACUGUCCUCUCAGUGGGCUAAAAUGUAAUGACCUUUAAUGUUCCGUAAAACUCCUCUAACUCAGCCAAAAUCUAAAAAAAAAACAUCGAUUGUUUGAUAAAUGAAAACUAUCUUUCAUCUUACAAAGUACAGGACUCUGGUUUUGGUGGUUUGAAUGUGCAUUUGCCUUACAUAUCAUCAUACAAAAAUUAAUUCUGUGCCCGUUUCAGAAUGUGCUUUUAGAUGCGACUACCAAUAUCGCCAACUGACGAAAGGCUGGUUCAAACUACACGAAGUACCUGAGACUUGGCAAGAUGCUCGACUUCGCUGUACUCUUCAAGGUGCUGUGUUAGCUUCUCCAACUUCAUCAGCAAUGGCAGCUGAAAUGAGAAACACCAUGAAAAAUUUCUUCUUACAAGAUACGGAAAUCUUCACCGGAAUACAUUCUACCUUCUCGUCUGGGAGCUAUCAGACGGUUGAUGGUAUACCUCUUAGCAAGAUUCCUCUAGUUUGGGCCAAUAAUGAGCCAGAUAACUUUGGAAAUAAAGAGAGAUGUAUAACCUUUAACAGUAAUGGAUCUGCAGUUGACAGAAUGUGUGAGGAACCCAGACCUUAUAUUUGCUUUCGCUCUGGAGAAAAGGAGGUGCCGACCAAUAGAUGUGGCACUGUUGAUGAUGAAUACAACUACGACGAAAAGACCAAAACAUGCUACAAGUUCCACAGAGUACCAGGAACUUUUGAUCGUGCUCACUUCGUUUGUUUGGCUGAAGGCGGCCAUCUUGCCAUUAUAAAUAGUAAAGAAGAAGCCGAAGUAUUAAGAAAACUUUUUGCUAAAUAUCCUGCUUCAUCAAUGGCGGGAACUUUUCACAAAGAUGUAGCUAUAAUCGGCUUCCACGAUUGGGGUUCAUGGGGAGAUUGGAGGACAAUUCAUGGAGAAACGCUAAAAGAAGCUGGUUACGAUAAAUUCUCUGGUGGUCAACCUAACAAUGCAACUACGGGUGAACACUGCGGGUCCAUCUUUCGUUCAGCGCUUUUGAAUGACUUCUGGUGCGAUCAACCAGCUGCAUUCAUUUGUGAGAAGGACCCAGCGUAUCCACCAGUCUGCCAGCCAAAGACUGAUGAAGAAAUAGAGAUUGAUAAGCGAUUUCACAACGAAGUUCAAUAAUAUCAGCGUAGUGGGGUAUAGUUCUCGCCAAACUUUUUUAUCGUUACGAUCAUUGAGUUGUUUUGCAGGUACCAAUUCUAGGUGGCAGGUAGAGGGGAGGGAAGGGGUAUGUAUGGUAUACAUGCGCGGAUUUGUGUGACAGAUCGAGUUUUGCGAGCCGGCGUGUGUUCCACAUGUGGCGUUCAUACUGUGACCAACAAUCCAUCUAGGACCGUAUAAAGAAUACCAGCCACUUGAAUUGUUUGGCGGGAAUAUGCUGUAUUCAAUUUUCAAAAAUGUACCGAUUGUGUACUUUUAGUCUGAAGAGAUUUAGUGUUUCAUAAUUAUAAAAAGAAAUUAUUUAAAUUGUUAAUAGACAAAUGUUACAAUACUCUAUAAGAUUAUUUUGAUGAUGUUAUUUAAUAUUGAUUGAGUUUAUAAUUUAUGUUUAUAGUUUAUAACUUAUGUUUAUAAUUUUAAUUGCAGCCUUGAUAUUAUGUAAAUUAAUCUUUACCUUAAAAUUAUUGUAUGCCAUUAUGGCGGGUCAUACCUGUGUACAAUUUAAAAGCCAUGUUUGACAACUCACUGUUUACCUAUGUACCACAAUAAAGAAUAUUUGUAUUUGUA